AUGGAGCACGAUAUCUUUCAAGAUACUAUCAAGUUAAAGGUCACACAGUCUCUUGGUCAGAUCACGGAGGCUUUAUCUGCGGAGACCUCUUGGGCAAUAAACAAGCUCUUCGGGGAGCGUAAGGACUGGCAAGAGUUUGAACUCCCCAACCUGGUACUGGACUUGACCGCCCGUCUUUCCGCUCGUGUUUUCAUGGGAGACGAAUACUGCCGCAACGAAGAAUGGCUGAAGAUGUCGGUGGGAUACACGAUGAAGGCCAUGCACGCCUUGCAAGCACUCUAUAAAUGGCCGGCAUUUCUGCGACCCUUGGCGAACCGCUUCCUUCCCGAAUGCCGGGCGCUCCAGGCUGGUCUUCGGGCAGCUCGAAAGUUGAUUGAACCGGAAGUUAGUCGGAGAAAGCGGGAGCAAAAAGCUGCACUUCAAAGAGGCGAGAAGAUUCCGCCAGGAAAAGACACGCUGGACUGGAUGGACGAAGUCGCUCGCGGCCGGCCGUUCGACGUUGUUCUGGGACAGUUGCUGCUGUCCCUCGUCGCUAUUCACACCACAUCAUCACUUCUGACAGAGGUUCUGUUGGAUCUUUGCGCUUUUCCAGAGUACGUGCCUAGCUUGCGUGAGGAGAUUAUGGAGGUCAUAGGAGCAGGUGAAUGGAAGAAGGCGUCCCUGCACAAGCUAAAGAAGAUGGACAGUUUCGUCAAGGAGACGCAGCGUUUACGUCCCAAUUCUCUUGUGACUAUCCGGCGGUAUGCGACGGACGACGUCAAGCUGUCCGACGGUACAGUGAUCCCCAAAGGUAGUAGCAUGAUUGUGCCGAUGAUGGAUACUAUGAAGAAUCGUCUGAUAUAUCCUAACCCAGACCAGUUUGAUGGAUGGCGAUUCCUCCGCAUACGUGAGCAAAACCCUUCAGAUGUGAAAGCACAGUUGGCAGUGACGAGUGUGGAACAUUUGGGCUUUGGCCAUGGUCGCCACGCAUGCCCUGGCCGGUUUCUAGCCGUCAACGAGAUUAAGAUUGCUCUAUGUCAUUUGCUGAUGAAGUACGACUGGAGACUGCCUGAAGGACAGAAUAGGCCCAAGACGAUGACCUGGAGUACAGAGAAUAUGAUUGACCCGACAGCCAGGGUGAUGAUUCGACGGCGAGAAGAGGGAAUUGCAUUGAGUUAA